UCUAGAAACCUAUUUACGAUUAAGUGUUAUAAUGGCAGCCGAAAAUGUUCAAUUUAGUCAAAUUGUUACUUCCACUGGUAGAACGGAAUACAAAACUCAAUUCGGGAGAGGGAAAGUGCUUACCUAUAAAAAGUCCGCUAGAGGACUCCUUUAUUUAGACUUGGCUGCGUCAAAUGGAUCUAUGAAGCUGAAUUUAGGGCUGAACGAGCUGGAUGAUCUGUUUACACUGUGGGGGCACCUAGAGUCCCUAACGGCAUACUUUCCACAGCCGCUCUCCCAGCCACAGGUGCAGGUGGUUCCUAAAGAAAAUGUAGCGCCGGUUUAUGCACCGCCACCACCACCAACACCUUCCGCACCUCUAACAAUAAUAUAUGAAAACGAGACGUCAACUACCACUCCACUUCAAACUAUAACAGACCCGAUGUGGAGCAAAGGAAAUAUGAUUCCGGUGAGGGUGGCCGCAAAGAGACCGGUACGGGAAGAAUUACACCCACCGUGGUCUGGGAAGACCAGAAAAUAUGAACAAAUUUCCCCUGUGAAAAACAAUUUAUAUGAUCUCUCUGACACUCAUUCAAUGUGGUGUUUAUAGGAAUAACAUUUAUAAAUUUCAUUAUGGACAUAUAUGCAAACAGACUGA